AUGCUCCGGUUUCGUAGCCCCAGCCUCCGCUCCUUGGACCAGGAGAUGCUCUGCACGAUCCGGUUACUGGACGACUCUGAGAUCUCCUGCAGCAUUCAGAGAGACACGAAAGGCCAGUUCCUUUUGGACCAUGUGUGUAAUCACUACAAUCUGUUGGAGAGAGACUACUUUGGCAUCCGAUAUGUUGAUCCUGAGAAACAAAGGCAUUGGCUGGAGCCCAAUAAGCCUGUAGUGAGGCAGAUGAAGGCUCAGCAUCCAUACACCAUGUGUUUCCGGGUCAAGUUUUAUCCCCACGAGCCAAUGAAAAUCAAGGAGGAGCUCACCAGGUAUCUGCUGUACCUCCAGCUGAAAAGAGACAUCUACCACGGCCGUCUUCUCUGUCCUUUUGCUGAGGCUGCAUAUCUGGGAGCCUGUAUUAUACAGGCUGAGCUCGGCAACUAUGAUCCAGAUGAGCACCCGUCAGACUAUAUCAGAGACUUCAAGUUGUUCCCCAAACAAUCCCUCAAACUGGAGAGGAAGAUUAUGGAAAUACACAAAAAUGAGCUCAGGGGUCAGUCUGCUGCAAUGGCAGAGUUGAACAUGCUCCAGAGGGCUCACAGCCUUGAAACAUAUGGAGUUGACCCUCACCCAUGCAAGGACUUUACAGGCUCUACGGCCUUUCUUGGGUUCACAGCCACAGGCUUUGUGGUGUUCCAGGGAAACAAGAGGAUUCAUCUCCUUAAAUGGGCUGAUGUCAGCAAGCUGAAGUUUGAAGGGAAAACCUUUUAUGUCAUCGGGAUCCAGAAAGAGAUCUCCUUCACAGGCAGGAUUCACUGUAACAGGAUGAAAAAACUGGUGUUGACAUUUCACACCUCGACCCCUGCUGCAUGUAAGCACCUAUGGAAGUGUGGGGUGGAGAAUCAGGCCUUUUACAAAUGUGCAAAAUCAAGUCAGAUAAAGACGGUUUCAAGCAGUAACAUCUUCUUCAAAGGAAGCAGGUUCAGAUACAGUGGGAGAGUGGCCAAGGAGGUGAUUGAAGCCAGCUCAAAGAUUCAGAGAGACCCACCAGAGGUACACAGGGCCCAGUUUGGUCAGAGUCGAAGUUUUAACUCCUUGAGCCAUAAAAAUCUCAUCAUGAACAUGGAGCCUUUGGUACCUGCACUGCCCUCCACCAACGAAUAUGAAGAGACAGCAGCAGACAGUGCUGUCGUUGCAGUGAGGGACCCUGUGCACUUGUCUCCUCUCAAACCUUCAGCGGCACACGCGGACACAGAGCAACAAAGUGCGGAAAAUGGAAACCCUUUGAGCAGCGAGCUGCAGCAUCCCCACGUUUCCACGGAAACAUCCAAUCUUCGACCUCAAACACCCCAAACUGAAGAUGGCUUGGAGGAAGAUGACCAGGCUGGUGGUGCUCUCACCAUUUCUGAGCUUUCUUACAGCCCCUGUGCCAGCAUGGUUCCAACCCCAGUGGAUGACAGUCAGGGAGGAGUGGAUCUCCUCUUCUCCUCGCCAGUCCAAAGUCCCGCCCGACUGCUGAGGGAACUCCACGCAGACCCAGACAUCCAGGCACAGCUGGAGGCCGAGCGGGAGCGAGAUCGCGCCUACGAACGCACCCGCCUGGCCUCCAGAAGCCUAAUGAGUGAUGUCCUGACCGGCAGCCUGCGCUUGCUGUCCUCCAAUGAGAGAGUCAAUGCCUGUGUGCUGAGCGUGGCCCGCUUUGUUGCUGUGGUCAUGGGUGUCCUGCUGGUCACCGUGCCCACCCUGCUGCUGCUGCUGGAGUCAGACAUCGACGUGUCAUUCCUUCAUGAGAUACGGCAAACGCCAGAGUUUGAGCAGUUCCACUUUGAAUAUUACUGCCCACUCCGGCGCUGGAUCCUUUGUAAGAUCAGCAUGGCUAUGGAGAACCUCUGGUCAGACUGA